CCUUGCCUCUCACCAUCAUCCAUCAUUUCCAAUUUCUCCAUUUUUCAAUCGGCGUGUUGACUCGGCGCGCACGCUAGCCUCACAACCACGCUAGGGUAGGGUUUCACACCAUCUCUCUCCGUUUCCGUCUUCUUCUUCAUCUUCGUCUUCAUCUUCGCGUCGUUCAAACCUUCAAUUCCGUUCUACGAUUGCAUCUACGGAGGGUACCAGAGAGAACAGAUUAGUUAGAGCAGGCCAAGGCUUCAUCUCCUGGUUCUGACCCUCUUUUUUUCCCUCCCAUGUGCGAUCUUGGCCUUCGACUGGCAGAAAACGUUCACGAUUUUGAGGGUUUUUAAUUUGGUCUUGAUUGUGUUACGCUAGGAAGAGGAAAACUAGAGAGAGAAGGAGAAAAAGGAUCAAUUUUGAGGGUAAGAAAUUCUCUCUUGGGCACUGAUCUUUUUUUCGUCUUCGGUUGACUAUACACGAGCUGGACCUUCGAAUUCGAGGCGCAUUUGAUCUGGGUUGACAAAUCCAAGAGAAGGGUAUGCUUUCUGCCUCUUUGAUUCCGAAUUUAGGGUUUUGUUUUGAUUCCGAAUUUAGGGUUUUGAUUUGUCCAUUACUUUGAGUAUCGAUUUGGAGUUCUGGGUAUUGUUUUGGAUCCGGAGAAUGGUGUGAAUUUGUUUUUGAUUUGAGGAAUUAUACUUCGCUUUGGGAUUAUUGAGCUGGUUCAGAGUUGUAGUUUGUUCAAAUGGAUAAUAGGAGUAAGAACAUUGAUCACUUGGGUGUUAACAAGAUGGGGAAAAGCAUAAGGAAGAGCCCUUCACCUCAACAGAAUUUUGCUGCCAAUACCAUUAGGCAGCAGCAACCUCAACCUCAGGUCUAUAACAUUAACAAGAAUGAUUUUAGGAACAUUGUUCAGCAGCUAACAGGCUCGCCUUCACGAGAUCCACCGGCUAGACCUCCCCACAAUCCUCCUAAACCCCCAAGCGUGAGGUUGCAGAAGAUCCGGCCACCUCCAUUAUCACGAAUGAACAGGCCCCAAAUUCCGGUUCAUCACCAUCCUCCUCCCCCGGCCCAGGCUCCGCCCAUGCCUUCCCCAUCAGUUCCUUACAACAAUGUCUUUGCUAGACCACUGGCUCAAUUUGGUCAGCCAUCUCCGCCAAUGUUGCCCCUGAAUUCUGGUGACUUGGGCUGGGCAAAUACAGCUGACUCUCCUAUCUCAGCAUAUAUGCGAUACCUUCAAAACUCGAUUUUAGAUUCAGGACCAAGACAAGGCCAGCCUAGAUUUCAUUCACAACCUUCACCUCAGCUACAGCCUCAUGGUCCUGGCCAAAUUCAAGAUCAGCCUCCACCUUCUGUUUUACUCGCUGGCCAACCCGGGCCUCCUCUCCCCUCUCUGCAGAUGGGUGGUCCUCCCCCCCUUUUACCCUCUCCAACUUCACAAUUUCUUUUGCCAUCACCUAAUGGUUUCUUAAAUUUACUGUCUCCGCGCUCCCCUUAUCCCUUGCUUUCUCCUGGGUAUCAGUUUCCUCCACCUUUGACACCCAAUUUUGCAUUUUCUCCCAUGGGUCAGCCUGGCAUUUUAGGUCCUGGGCCUCAUCCUCCUCCUUCUCCUGGCCUUGUGUUUCCACCAUCCCCUGCAGGCUUUAUACCUGUUUCAAGUCCAAGAUGGAGGGAUCAAUAGUCCUAGACAGCCGUAAGCUAUCUGUUGUUUCCAUGGCUCAAGCCUCAAUCAGGACAGUAGUUUUGCUGACUAACCUUUUUCAGAUGGAAGCUUCACUCGUGAAAAUCUGAUGUAUACUUGCAGAUCGAGUUAUCUGGAAUAUGUACUUACCCUUCCCAUUUUGUUAUUUUCUUUUGUCAAUAUUGAUUUCCGCACCUGUACUGCUGUUUUGAUUAUGUAAUAGUCACAAUCUUUUUUUUUUUUAAUUUCCUUGGGCAAGUUGAAUUUUAGUUGACUUAGUGAAGUUCAGUGAAACCAUCCAAACAAUUCAACCUUUCUGUAAAAUGUGAAGAGGUAGUAUGUAACUCUGCCUUAAAAGUCUUUGUUUUCCUGUAAUAUUGUCAAUUAAACUGUAAUUACUUUUGAUUUCAUUUUCA